AUGGCAAAUCAAAAUGAAGGUUCUUCAACACCAUCUUCCGAGAUAAAAUUUGUGUGGAAUCGUGAACUGAGUCAUGGAUUAUUGCAAUUGUGCAAUGAUCAAAAUGACAAAGGUCACUGGAAGGGUACAUGUCUUGACGAAAUUGGUCGACAAAGUGUUCGAGCUGAAUUUCUCAAACGUUUUGGUUUGGAUCUUCCGUGGAAAACUUUCAAAAACCGGAUGGAUCACAUAAAAAAGCAGUACGAUGUUUACAAGAGGAUCACACGAACAGCUACUGGAUUGGGAUUCAAUGAAUUUGGAGAGCUCGACAUGUCAGCUGAUUGGUGGAAUGAGCUAAUAAGUAGUUGUCCAGAAGCAUCUAGGCUAAGGUCACAUCCUCUGAAAGACAUUCCUCUACUUGAUCGUUUGUAUGCUCGAGUCAAUGUUUCGGUAAAUGAGGGAUGGCAACCUCGUGCCGGACCAAGUCAACUACGUCCUGAUCCACCUAGUCCAUUGAUAAAAGUGAACGACUCGGAUGAAGAACUGACACCACUGGGACCGAUUGGAAAAUCGUGUCGUGGGAAAGGUAAAGAUGUAGCUUCAUCUUCUCGUAAACGAGCUCAACCAGAUAAGUGGGAUCGUCUCACAACCGCUCUCGAAGACCAAGGACAAUUUUGGAAAGGUGGCCGUGAGACUUUUGAAUCUCUAAAUCCGUUUAGUUGUGCUGUGUGUAUGCAAGAGCUCACAAAGAUGACUCUUCUUAACCAUGAAAGUGAGUUGUAUUGGGCUGCAAUUGAUUAUCUUGCUUCAGAUGAGAAUGGUCGCCAAAUCUUCAUGUCGUUGCCAAAUGAAGAAGAGAAGAUUAAAUUUCUGGAGCGAAAGACUGGAAAAUCUGAUUGGGCAGCAUGA